AUUUCCUUGUUAUUACUCUUAUUCCCUUGUUAUUACUUCCUUACCUUAUCAUCUCUCAUACUACCUUCUUACCUUACUAUCUCUCAUAUCACUUCCUUACUCUCUUAUUCCUCACAUUACCUCAUUACUCUCAUAUCUCUCCCCUUAUUUUCCCACUUAUCUCUCUUACCUUAUUACUUAGUUAUUAUCACUUAUUAUUAUAUAGUUACUUACCUUAUUAUUACUUAUUUACUUAUUACUUAUUAUUACCUAUAUUACCCUCUUAUUUCUUACUUACCUUAUUAUUACCUAUAUUACCCUCAUAUCACUUCCUUACUCUCUUAUUCCUCAUAUCACUCUCUUACCUUGUCAUUACCUAUAUUCCCUUAUUACUACUCAUAUCUCUCUCACCUCUUAUUCCCUCUCCAUUUCUUAUUUCCCUUCCUUAUUAUUCCUUACUCUUAUUACUCUACUCAUAUUCCCUAUAUUAUCCUAUCACUACUCCACUUCCUUACCCUACUACUCAUAUUCCCUAUAUCCCGUAUUAUUCCUUAUCCCUCUUACCUUCCCUACUUAUCUAUUUUACUUCUUACCUUAUUACUUAUUUAGUUAGUUGUUAUUACUUACUUUAUUAG